AUGCCCUCCAGAUCAGAUAUCACCUAUUUUGGUGCAGGCCCUGCGCUUCUGCCGACCGACGUCCUUGAGGAUGCUGCCAAGGCUCUCCUCAACUACAAUGACACUGGCUUGGGUGUCGCCGAGCACAGUCACCGCUCGCAGCUAGCGACUGACAUCAUCAAUCAGGCUAAAGCCGAUCUGGCCUCCUGCCUUGAUAUUCCAGACGACUAUGAGAUCCUCUUCAUGCAGGGCGGUGGCACGGGCGAAUUUUCGGCCACGGCGUACAACUUUGUCGGCGCCUGGGUUGCCCGCAAGCAAAAGGAGAUUGUGGGCACUAUUGGAGGCGAUCCCACCGACCCCAAGUUGGUCCAGCAACUCAAGGAAACCGUGGACAAGCAUCUCAAGAUCGAUUACCUCGUUACCGGCGGCUGGUCACAAAAAGCGUCAGCUGAGGCCGUGCGUCUCUUUGGCUCAGAGCAUGUGAAUAUUGCCGUAGAUAGCCGCGAGUCCAACGGCGGCAAGUUUGGAACUAUUCCGGAUGAGAGCACCUGGAAGCUAUCCAAGGAUGCUGCCAUGGUGUACUACUGCUCAAACGAGACCGUCGAAGGCGUUGAAUUCCCUGAAUUCCCCAAGUCUCUUGAGCCGGGGCCCGACGGAAAGGGCCCUAUUGUUGUCGCUGACAUGAGUUCGAAUAUCCUUACGAAGAAAAUUCCCGUCAAGAACUUCUCAGCCAUCUUCUUUGGCGCCCAAAAGAACCUCGGAGUAACAGGUGUCACCGUUGUGAUUCUUAAGAAGAGCUUCCUACCGCCUAUUACACCUCAGCCUUCUGUAGCCCUGAUGAGACAACUGGCUUUACCUAUUCCGCCCAUCGUCUUCCAGUAUGAGACUAUUGCCAAGAACAAUAGCCUUUACAAUACGCUUAGUAUCUUUGACGUAUACGUUGCAGGCCGGGUUCUUAAGAAGCUAUUGCAAACGUACCCUAAUAAAGUUGAAGGCCAGCAAGCUGUAUCUGAGAAGAAGGCUGGACUUAUCUACAAUGCCCUAGAGGCUUUUCCCGAGAUCUAUAAGAUUAUUCCCAACAAGGCAGUACGGUCUCGUGUCAAUAUUUGCUUCAGGGUUACCAAGGGUGACAAUGUUGAUGCCGCUGAGAAGGCCUUUUUGGAACAGGGUAUUGCCCAGGGACUGACGGGGCUCAAAGGGCAUCGUAGUCUGGGUGGAAUUCGCGCAAGCAACUACAACUCGGUUCCCCUUGAGGGUGCAGAGAAGCUUGCCAAGUUUAUUACCGCCUUCGCAACAGCAUAA